GUCAAAUUCCUCCACACACACCAGUGGACGCGUGUAAACACUGAGCUUCACUAAACUCCUCCGGUUUUCCACACCAACUUAAUGACUUAUUCUCCGUUUUUUUUGCCUUCACUGGUUUCAUGGACUAAUUAAAGAAGUGUUUGGUUGCUAAGAGAUGACAGCCGGUGAUAUUGGUGGAAGCCUCUGAUGUACGACAGCCCCGAUGCUCCACUUCUCCAGGAUCUCUUUCCUCCACGCCUCUACCUUAACUUGGAUCAUGUGAGGGGAAACGAAACUUGCUCUUAUAUCAACAAACUCUCAGAUAACCAUGGCAGCUUUCAGCGCCGCCUGUGCCACGACCGGUGCCACCGGCGCCGCUAUGGCCAGAACUGCACGGCGAAGGAAUGGAAGUACAGAGGAGGCAUUCAAAUACGAGAACGACUGGAGGAAGAGCGAGAACGGGGACGUGGGACAAAGCAGUAUCCUUGAGUUCUUCCAGAUCUGCGACAUUGAAAACAAGGGCUUCAUCACUCGGCGUAACAUGCAGAGACUGAAUGGUGAGCUCCCUCUCAGCGCAGAGGAGCUGGAAAACGUAUUUGACACCCUUGAUUCUGACGGCAAUGGAUACCUCACCCUUGACGAGUUCUCCUCCGGUUUUAGUGAGUUUUUGUUCGGCCAGAAGAUCUCUUUAGAGGGAAGCAUGGAGGACAAAAACCCAGGUGAAAACCCACCAGAAGUUUUGUACCAGAGCCAGUGGGAGGAGGGCUUGGAAAUUUCACAGGAUGAAGAGGAGAAGCACUUUUGCAUGCUGAUGGAGAAUCUGGGAGCCAACAGUGUCUUUGAGGAUCCUGCUGAAGUACGCAGUUUAUGGGCUCAGCUCCGCCGGGAUGAACCACACCUGUUAUCUAAUUUUGAGGACUUCCUGGCCAGAGUGACGUCCCAGAUCAUAGAGGCAAACCAGGAGAAGAAUGAGAUGGAGAGCGCUCUCAAAAGGAAAGCAGCAACUCACGAUGAUGAAAUCCAGCGCCUAUAUGAAGAAAUGGAGCAGCAAAUAAAAAAUGAAAAAGACAGGAUUGUGCUGCAGGACUAUGAGCGAUUUCUGUCUAGGAGUCAAGACUUGGAGCUGCAGCUGUCCGCAAAAGAAAAAGAGCUGGAGCAGCUCUUUCAGAAACAGAGAGGGCUGGAGCAUCAGUGUCAGGAGCUUCACAGCGAACAACAUGUGACCAAAGUGGAGAAUGUGAAGUUAAAACAAACUAAUGAUGAGUUAGCGCGUGAACUGGAGCACACCAGUAAAGAGCUGACCUUGGCCCAAGAGCAGCUGGGUCUGCUGCAGCUGCAGUCCCAACGGCUUCACGAGGAGAAGGAGAUUGAAAUAUACAGGCUGACUGAAGGACUGCAAAGAGAACGAGCAAGUCUUCUUAAACAACUGGACCUGCUCAGGGAAAUGAACAAACAUUUACGGGAUGAAAGGGACAUGUGCUAUCAGAAACCAAAGCUGAAGCAGGGACCUUUCACCACUGCCGGGAAGCAGACACACAUCUUCAAAAGUGAGGAAGACGAGGAUCCAUCCACUGGCUCAGUUCGACACGGUGUAGCCAAUGGGUCAUGUCCGCAGCCUGGUGCCGAGAAGAUAAGAGGACACCUACAGAGGAUCAUCUCCAUCGAAGAGGACCACCUGCCACACCUGCUACAGAGAGACUGUCAGGUCCAAACCCCUCUGCAGGAGUGCGCUGAAGGAGAGGAAGACAGCGAGGACAAUAUAGAGUUGGUAAUGAGCAAUAUAAUACCUUCUGCUGAACAAUCAAAGGGAAGUGUGGAGAGAAGGGAAACCCCUACAUCUCCAAGAGGUCAACCUGUUGGCAAGGAGACCAGCAUAAACGAAGAAGGUGGGAGCUCACCGCCUGAUCGCCUUUUUAAGAUUAUUCUGGUGGGGAACUCUAGCGUAGGAAAGACCUCCCUCCUUCGAAGAUUUUGUGACAACUCCUUCCAUCCUGGUACUUGUGCCACUGUGGGUAUAGACUACAGUGUAAAGACAAUAACUGUGGACAACAGCCAAGUAGCGCUGCAGAUGUGGGAUACAGCGGGACAGGAAAGGUAUCGUAGCAUAACCAAGCAAUUCUUUCGGAAGGCUGAUGCUGUGAUUGUGAUGUAUGACAUUACAGCUGAGCUGAGCUUCACAGCAGUACGGCAGUGGCUGACAAGUAUAAAGGAGGGUACAGGUGAGGACAUAACCAUCAUGCUCUUGGGAAACAAAACCGACAAGGAGAUUGAGAGACAAGUUCAAACAGGAGUGGGUGAAAGACUCGCCAAGGACUGCCAAAUGUCAUUCUAUGAGUGCAGCGCCUGUUCUGGACACAACGUCUUUGAGUCCAUGGUUCAUUUGGCCAGGAUUCUAAAAGAGCAUGAGGACAGACAAAAAGAGAAGACGGUUCAGCUGGUAAGAAGUCCCUCAGAGAAGAAGAAGUCCUGCUGCUGACGACACACAACGCCAGUAAAAUACACAACAUUAUAGUGCGAACACACACCUGUGAACACACGUUAUUUUUCUGAAUGUCAGCGCCUUGUUUUGGACCAAGUACUCAACAUUUGUAGCACUCGAGGUUACGUUCAGAAUCACAAAGAAUGCGUCUAAUGUGGCUAAUUUCAAGGCUGUUAUUGCACUAUUAUGACCAUGACGGUAUUGACUAAAUUAUUUUGUAAAAAACAAAAGGAAAUAACUAAACAAUAAGAAGUUGUCUCUUUUUAGAAUUUAUAGUCAAACCAAGUUCCUUUUUGAAUCAAACUAAGACUUAAUACAUUUUAAUACUGAAUGUAAAGCAGUCCCAUUCCAGACUGAUCCUGUCCUAGUGUGACUUUAACACUCAGAAAUGUAUUUAGCCUCCGCAAAAGUUUUAUAUGUCACAUUCAAACUUUUCACGCUAUGUAUUAAGAUGUUAUUUCAGUGUUUUGUGUAUGUGAUUUUCUUUGUAUUAUGGGCAUGAUGUAACGAAAAUAUGUCACACAAUCCUGCACUAAACCUCACCUUAAGUUUAUGUUGGUAAAAUGUUAAGAUUGUUUCAUUUACAGGCCAGUGUAACUGUGGACUUUAUUAUUAGUGACUAGAUUUGUGGUAGCCUCAUGUGGUAUUACAUUCAUUUCCAUUUUUGUGUCUUUUUCAGCGCCAUCAUGUAGCGCACAUACACAUAAUGUGCAUCUGUGUUUGAUUCACUGAACAACAAAAAUACAGGAAUUUUAAGUCAGUGCUUCUAAGACACAUGAAUACAGAAGAGGAUUAGGCCCGCUGCAAAAAAAGAAAAAAAAAUUAAGGUCCAAUUUUUUAAAAUUAUUAUUCUGAGAAAAAAAGUCAGAAAUCUGAGAAAAAAAAGACAGAAA